AUGAAUCCGACUAGGUAGACUCAAGCAGACGACAUGAGCCAAGAGGAACUUUUAGCAAAACUGAAGAAGGAUGUUCGAUCCCUUCUCACUUCAAGUAAACUGGGUUUGGACCCUGACCAACUCAGACGAGACUAUGUCGCCAUGUUGGGACAUCCGAUGCCCCUGAAAGUCCUGGGUUUCAGGAAUGUUAUGGAUAUGAUUCAGGAGAUGCCAGAUGUCGUUUCUGUGAACUUCAGGGAAGAUGGAAGUUUAUAUUUAAAGGCUGUGAGUGACGAGAACACCCAAAACAUCGAGUUUCUAGUGGCCAACCAGCGGAUAUCAAAGUCUGAGAAGAUCAAGAAGUUUUCUUCUUCUCGUUACUGUCCUCGGCCUCCAUUUUCAUCGCUCCCAAGAAGAGGUCGUCCUCCUCUAGCCCUCCCUGCCAACCUGAGGGCACAGCUCCGCAUCCUGCUCUCCCAGGGUCCACUUAGACUGUCCGAGCUAGAGGCCUGCUAUCUGCGCUUCUAUGGCUUCCCGCUCCGUAUCCAUAACUACGGUUUCUACUCCACCGGAGAGAUGCUGGAGGCAGCAAAAGACAUGAUAGGAAUCCAGCAAGGGAGGCUGGGCUCAGUUCUCUCUCUGAAAACUGAGGCAGGGAAUUAUGAACGGUCUCAAAAUGUCAUGAGACCGUUCAUGAUUCCCAGGCCACCCGUGAGACCGUUCAGCACACCAAGUAGAACCGGACCGAUAAAGCCGCCAUCGGUUUCCUCUCACAGGCCAAUUUGCAAUAAUUCUGAUAUCAAAGGUCCUACGACAACAAAAUCUCCAGUUUUAGUGAAUCAGAGUCCUUUGACGCCACCUGAAACGACUUUGGAGCCUGACCAUGACAUGUCGCCUGGGAGUCACUCACCGGAGCUGCUGGAGAGCAACCCUGACUCUGAACAAGCACCUUGUGAAGAUGGUGGCCUGUUUCAUCAAAAUGUACUUAAGCUUGAGGAGGAGCUCCAACAUCAGAUCUUGGAGAACAGUGUUGCUGGUACUGUUAGUCAAGAGCUGAAGGACAAGCUGCGAAAGGUUGUUGGUGAGUCGAAUGCUGGAAUAUCAAUUCACGAUCUUCCUGCCGAGUACAAGAGACUUUUUGGAGAAGACUUGCCAUAUUUACAGUGGGGCUUUCUCAGUGUAACUGAGCUUGUUGGUGCCCUGGGUGACAUUUUCUACUUAAGAUCAGCAGAGGACAACAGUGGAAACAGCUACAUAGUGGUAGACUUAAGGGAUCGUGACAACAUGGAACCAGGUUCAGGGGAAAUUGAUGGAAAUACUGACAUACCAGGCAAGAGCUAUUACUUCACCUUAGAAGAAUCUCUGUGGGAAAACGGAAGCGAGAACGUCACAUCCGAUAACGGGAAUAAUGAGUUGGAGUUUUGUAGUCAAUCCAACAUUAAAGAAAUGGUAAGACCACACAAAGAAAAACAAUAAGGAUCUGUCGUCAUGAAGACGCCUGAGAUGUACCCGGCCAUGCAGGUGCAUAGCAGGUCGCCCGUGCCGCUGGACGCCAUGCAAAAUCAGCGUCUCAACCCGCCGACCCGCCACCAGGCUCGAGAGUUGGUGGAAGUCUUGGUGGAGCAGGUGGAGUCACCAGGAUCUUUCUACAUCCGGUUCAGUGAGACGGAGGAAGCGCGCGCUUUGGAGAGCCUAAUGUUUGACAUGAGACGUUGUUACACCUGUCCUGAGGUGUCGGAGCGGUACCAGCUUCUGGAGCCAUUUGUUAGGCAGGGUCAGGUCUGCUGUGUGUCGCCCAAUGCAAUAUGGUUCUACCGAGUCGUGAUCCACAAAGUUCUAAACUCCACUCAUGUUGAGGUGUUUUACGUCGACUUCGGUGAUGUAACGUUGGUCCCGAUCGCCAGCCUGAAGUUCCUCAAGUCCAGUUUUUCUGUUCUUCCAGCACAAGCAGUUCCUUCAAUACUUGCUGGAAUCAAGCCAGCUUCAGAUACCUGGACUGCAGAAUCCACAGCUUCCUUUCGGAGGCUGUGCUCUGAUCAGACCCUGGUGGGCGCGUUGGACUGCUACACUGGAGAAGUGCUGCAGCUAUUCCUGUGUGAUACACACACCGAUCAGGACAUCUACAUACACACAGCCCUUAUCAACCAAGGCCAUGGCAUCGCCUGCGAUCCUGCAACUGCUACAAUAUUGUGUCCCAAGGUCACACCAGUGAGUCUGUACAUGGGAAAAGGAAUGGUUGAGCUGCCAGAGAUUGAUGAGGAGCUGAUUUUGUCUUUUAAAUCAGGAGACAGUUCUGGACAGUCCAAGGAGUACUCUGUGAAGGUAGUUGAUGAUGUUGAUGAUGAGAUGCCGUCUCUGGAACUGAUUGAGGAGAGUGAAUUCAUCCCUCAUAUUCAGGUUACAGAGCUGAACCCAUGCAGCGGCGUCCUAAUGGAUCAAACGGUGCCCUGCAGUGAUCAAGGCGCGGCGUUUACUGAUGAAUCAACGUUACAAACAUCUGCUCCUCUGGCACCUCCAGACCUGAUCCAGACCAGGAAUACCGCCGCCUCUCUCUGCCAAACUAAAACUAAUGAAGUUGCCAUCACUUCUCCACCCACUACGCCCAGCUCUGACUCCAGCUCCUGCUCUGCUCAAGAGGAGCUGAAUCAACCAGCGAAGGUCUUGACCAGCCCGUUUACUGAACUGUCUUCGAUUUUGAAGAGACUGAACCAGGGCUGCACUAUAGGCUCACAAGUGUCUCCGCUCCUUGUGCGAAACUCUGGCAUCCCGUUUCCCGUCUUCGGGGCCAGGUAGGCUCUGACUCCGACAUCUCAACAACUUUCAUACCAGAUGAAUAAAAAUCACAACCGAGAUGAUGGUUAGCUAAUUAUUGCGUCACAGAAGUCUUGAGUUGUCUAAUAGAUUUGAAAAUUUUUAUUUGUGGAUUUUUGUUUAAAUGUAGAUUAGUGAAACUGUUAAAUUAUGUUUGAUUGUCUUAUUUGCUGCUGUUAAGCUGAACAGUACAUCAUAUUUGUUUAUCUUUUUAUAAGUGCAAGUAACUUUACAUAGGCUUCUUGUUUUACAUAAGAUGCUUUAAUUUUCUAGAGUAAUACUGCUGUUUAGGAUAAAGUUAAAACAGUUCAGAGUUCUGUUGAAAAUGGCAGUCUUGUAAUAUGGUAUUUGCUUUGGAAAAUAAAUGUUAUUGAUAGAACAUCUUAUUUUAUUUGAUUAAAUCAGAUAUGUUUCUAAUGUUUCUAAUUUUGUUUUAUUUCAAGUUCAGUGGUAAUGUUUGGAUAUUUCCAAUCAACUGUAUCAGCUCAUGCCCACCAUGAGGAGCGAUUAUUUAAAGUGCUUUUAUUUCAUACAUCCAUAAUCUGUUGUAAGGAAAUGUGGUCAUGUGAUUCUAAUAAAUUACAUCUCAGCAUCAAG